AAAGGAAUCAGGCAGAUUCUGCUGACGGACCACAGACGGUUCAGAAAGGAUUCCUGUUCUGGAUUUGAAGAAGCAGUUGUCUCUUAGAGCAGUUUUAGUUUGCAAACCAAACAAAAUUAAUUUCAGCAUUUUUUUUUUAUCAGUCAGUCAGUCUGUGCGAUAGCAAUGCAUCACUUUCUUUCCAUUGUGUUUUCACUGAUCAUCUUUAUUGGGCAGCAUGUGAGCGUUCAGUCCACAGGAAGACGUUCUGAGCGGAGCACACACAGAAGUUACAAAUCAGUGUUGUCCGUGUCUAACGGAAUGUCCUGGGGGUCGUGGGGGGAUCAGGACAUGUGUCCAAGUGGAACGUAUGCCGCAGGGUUCAGUCUGAGGGUGGAACCACAUAUCAAUGGUGAUGAUACAGCGCUCAAUGGGAUUCGUCUUCACUGUUUAUAUCCGUCCAGAGUAUCAGCCGCAAAUGUUGUGUCCAACGCAGGACACUGGGGUGAGUGGACAAAUAUCAAGUGGUGUUCUUCGGGAUUCUUAAAAGCUUUCCAGCUGAGAGUCGAAUCUUCCCAAGGAAAGGGUGAUGAUACGGCCGCAAAUAACAUCAGGUUCAGCUGCAGUGAUGGUGUUGUGCUGACGGGUGACGGCACAGGCUGGGGUGAUUGGGGCGACUGGAGCUCAGCGUGUGGUGGAACAGGAAUCUGCGGCAUCAAGACGCGGGUAGAAGGUCCACAGGGAAAAGGAGAUGACACCGCUCUCAAUGACGCGCAAAUGUACUGCUGUGAAUGAGGUGUAGGAGGGAUGACAACAAGAACAGCAAGAAGACCAAAUGGAUUGUCAUAAUUGAUCAUCAUACUAUGAUAAGCUAACAUGAACCAUGUCAUACAACAGUUUUGUAAGGGAUAAUUCACAUGUGGGGCUGACUGGACAUCAUUCCACCCUAUUAUUGGAGUUCAUAUUAUUUUAUUCUAGUAUAUUAGUGAUUCUUCUAAAAGACUCCUAAACUUCUGCUGUCAGUCAAAACGGAUGUCAAAUAUAUCAGCAUUAAAGACUUUCUUUAACAGAA